AUGCCAAUUGAGCCUCUUCCUAAGGCUACGGUCCGAGCAAUUGGAUCUACAUCUGUCAUCUCAGAUCCUUGCUCGGUAGUCAAAGAGCUUAUAGACAAUGCUCUGGAUGCGUCUGCGACUAGUUUGCAGGUUGAGAUCUCACAGAAUACCGUGGACGUUGUUCAGCUGAAAGACAACGGACAUGGAAUUGCACCAGAGGACUAUACGUGUGUCUGCAAGCACACCUUCACGAGCAAAAUCCAAACGAUUGAGGAUCUCAAAAACAUCGGUGGUACCUCCUUUGGCUUUCGAGGAGAAGCUCUAGCAAGUAUUGCAGAGAUGUCUGGCGGCAUCACUAUCACUACGCGGGUUGCAUCUGACAUCACCGGGUCGUGCCUCUCCUACGGACGAGACGGCGAACUCAUGAAGGCCCAGAGGGCUUCUCACCCAGUGGGGACCACUCUCCGUAUAACAGACUUCUUGAAGAAUAUCCCGGUGCGCAGACAGACAGCAUUGAAAGGCGCUCCAAAGACGCUCAUCAAGAUAAAGAAGCUCCUCCAGACUUACGCCAUCGCUCAGCCCUCUAAGCGCUUCUCGCUCAGGGUACUAAAGGCAAACAAUGAAAAUAGCAACUGGGUGUAUGCUCCUGGUGUGGUCGCGAGCAUUCCCGAUGCCGUCACCAAAACGUUCGGUCGUGAUGUGUCUUCCUGUUGUGUAGUCAAGAAAAUGCCUUCUGAGGCGCUAGAAGACGAAGAGAGUACGCAUGAUCAAGGCUAUCGUAUCCUUGCCUUCCUUCCAAGGCUAGACUCUGAAUUGUUCAAAGUGAAUGGCACCGGACAAUUCUUUAGUGUGGAUGGUCGUCCUCUAUCUACCAGUAGGGGUGUUGGGCAGGAGAUUGUCAAAUUGUUCAAAUCCUACAUCCGUGCAGCGGCUGCACGUAAUGGAGUGACGAAGGCCAUCACCGAUCCCUUUUUGUGCGUCCAACUGAGCUGUCCGCAAGGCGCCUAUGAUGCCAACAUUGAGCCCGGCAAAGAUGACUUGCUGCUCGAAGACCGUGAGCAUGUAAUCGCGCUGGUUGGCAGUUUGUUUUGUGAUUUAUACGGUCAACUACCCGAGUUAGAAAAGAAAAGCCCGAAGAAAACGCAAGCGGUAUCGAUGAAUGAGAGCGACCGUUUUGAUACUCUGUUGGCUUCUCGUCGCGAUCAGCAGCCCGAUAUCCAGCCUGCAGAAGCAACUUCUAAACUUACUCAACGGCCUACAAAAACUGUUUCCACGUUGGAACUCAUGACUGAAGCUUUGGAUACACCUGAAGCCCAGGUGUCUAGGGAUGAGGAGCCUCAGGUAGGCUCUCGUACUUCUCAGACUUCUACCCAGGCGGCAAGUAGUCAAGGACCUCGCUGUAUCAAUCCUUGGUCUAUCACACGCCUGAAUGCUUCUUUUCACACCCCGAGACGGGCCUCCCAUGCUACAAUUUCGGAACGAACUCCGGAUAACUCUUCACCGGAGCAGGAGCGUGACAGAGCCAUACAACAAUCUAGCCAGUUAGCAGAGCCAGAAAGCCCCAAUUUUCCGAGCCCUGCAUCUUCGCGGCUGGCCUCAACUUCCCCACAGGCACAACGAACUCAUCCUCCAGCUUCUCAAGAAGCUGCUGCUCGGGAAAGCCAUCUGUUGAAUAAUCCCAAAAAGGUGUCAAGAGAGCGUGAUCGGGAGCGAUAUGGCAACGGAGCCCUUGAUACUUGGUUUCAACGGCUCACUCAAACCUCAAUUCAACAAGGUUUUUCAGGGCCUUCAUCUGAGCUCGAUGAAGUGGCGCCGCCCCUUUCUCAGCUAGCCCAGGAGCGUUUUGGAUCACCAAAAAGGCCUAUCCCAGAACAUGCCGUCGCGGACGCUUCUCCCAGUGGUGAGCAGCCUAAUGAUUAUGUUGAAAACACAUCGUCAGAAGGAAAUGCCUAUCAGGGCUCCAUGGACAGCGGGCGCGGCUUCCCGGUGCUCGAAAGAUGGGCAGCUAAUCUGCACGAGGGCUUCAAUCCAGAGAGCCAGUCCGAAUUGGACAAGGCACUUGACUUCGAGAAGCGAAAGAAAGAAGCCAUGCGUAUUCAUCGCCUCAACUCCCGCGGGGCCAACUCCUCGCAGAAGAGCUCGGCUUCCUCGCAUACACCUCACCACAAUCGAUUUCUUAAAGCUAAAGCUGCUCUCUCAGCCGAAGAUCCGUUCGCUACAGUAACCACGUCUAGAGAAUUGGUCUCCCAAGAUCCACGAGCAUAUCUACUAAACCAGCAAAGCGACCAGAGCGGCACCGACCUGCCUGAAGGGGGUAAAUCCCGCCGGAGUCACACCCGGCGACUACCCUUUGAGCGCGUCCCAGAUGGAUGGAAUAUCCACGACCUGGGUACCUCUAUCCAUGGUGAGAUGCAUCGAGUGAAGAAGCAAAUGGCGCUCCUAGCUUCAUAUGACUCGUACAUGAGCUCUGGACAUGACGAAUCACCAUUCACGCCGCGCAAUCUCAAUUCACUAGUCCCAUUCUGGAACGAGCGAGUAAACAAACUCUUGGGUGGAUUCAAAGACGGCAACCAAUCCGAGCCCCAAGCGCCCAGAAGCCCGGUGGAGCUUUCGGAAAGUCUUAAUAAUCACAUGAAGCAAUUCUCAUCGACGCACAGUAAUGGCGAUGCGCAGCACUGA